AUGUUAAAAACCGAGCCGCCCAAAAAAUUCGCCAUUGCGCUUUUCCAUGGAUUUCAAGCGCUCGAUGUAUUCGGCCCCAUCGAUGCGCUCAACUUACUCUCGUUUUCCAAGCCAUUGGAGCUCUGUAUACUCGCGGAAACGAUGGAUCCCGUAUCAACCGUCCCCGAGCGACUUCCAGACGACCACCCAAUCCCAAAUCUACCGGCCACUGGUGUAAUCGGGGAAAGCGUUGUUCCAUCACACACAUACAAGAACGCUCCAGAAGAUAUCGAGGUCCUCUUGGUCCCAGGAGGCCGCGGAACUCGAAAUCUGCCACGCACACAACACGUUGCGGACUUCAUCAAAGAACGAUUCCCGAAACUACGUUACCUGCUCACCAUAUGCACGGGAGCCAGCAUCGCAGCGAGAUCCGGGGUCCUUGACGGCAAGAAUGCUACAACGAACAAGAUGGCCUUUGAUUGGGUGAUAGCCCAAGGCCCAAAUGUCAAGUGGGCUCGCCGUGCACGUUGGGUACGGGAGGGCAACGUCUGGACUUCCUCGGGAUUAACGGCUGGCAUCGACAUGAUGUAUACCUUCAUUGCGGAUCAUUAUGGAGAAGAGACUGCAGAUUGGAUAGCCGAAGCGUCAGAGUUUACUAGGAAUAAGGACCCUACAGAUGACCCUUUCAGCAAAGAAUAG